AAAGAGGCUGCGGCUCAUUAUCAAAAUGCAGUAUUCCCAUCACUGUGAGCACCUUUUAGAGAGACUGAACAAGCAGCGAGAAGCCGGCUUUCUUUGUGACUGCACUGUUGUUAUUGGCGAAUUCCAGUUCAAAGCACACAGAAAUGUGCUUGCCUCUUUCAGCGAGUACUUCGGUGCAUUUUACAGAGAUGCGUCUGACAACAAUGUUGUUUUGGAUCAGACUCAAGUGAAAGCUGAUGGAUUCCAAAAGCUCCUGGAGUUUAUUUAUACGGGAAACUUAAACCUUGACAGCUGGAACGUUAAAGAAAUCCACCAGGCUGCUGACUAUCUCAAAGUAGAAGAAGUGGUCACUAAAUGCAAAAUCAAGAUGGAAGACUUUGCUUUUAUUGCUAAUCCUUCUUCUACAGAGACAUCUAGCAUCACUGGAAAUGUUGAAAUGAAUCAGCAGGCUUGCCUUCUGACUCUCCGAGAUUACAAUAAUCGGGAGAAAGCAGAUGCUGCUCCUGCAGAGUUGCUUCAACCACAGGCAAAGAAAGCGGCUUUAGAAAAGAAAUCUCCUCAAACCAAAAAGCGAAAGAAGAAUUUUAGUUCCCCCAAAAGCAUCCAGAAUAAAUCUGUACAAUAUCAGAAUGAUGUCACCGAGAACACAUCCAUUGAAAUGUUUUUAGAUGCAAAUAAGCUGGCCAUGCAGAUCACGGAGCAGGCUGCCCAAGGCAAUGAUAACUCAGAACUACAGCUGGCCACUAUGGUGGAAAGUGAAACGUUGACAGCGCAGGAUAUUCUCGUUCAGACUAUUGCAGCAAAACAGAAACGUGGGAAGCCUCAGCAAAGCUGCGCACUGAAGGAGCACUGCAUGUCUAACAUAGCCAGUGAAAAGAACGCGUACCAGCUGGAGAGUUCGGGCGAAGAACUUGACCAGAAGUACUCCAAAGCCAAGCCGGUGUGCAACACUUGUGGAAAAGUCUUCUCAGAAGCCAGUAGCCUCCGUCGACACAUGAGAAUACACAAAGGAGUGAAGCCGUACGUGUGUCAGCUUUGUGGGAAGGCAUUCACCCAGUGCAAUCAGCUGAAAACUCACGUACGGACUCACACAGGGGAGAAGCCAUACAAGUGUGAACUGUGUGACAAAGGCUUUGCUCAGAAGUGCCAGUUGGUGUUCCACAGUCGGAUGCACCACGGCGAAGAGAAGCCGUACAAAUGUGAUGUCUGCAAUCUGCAGUUCGCAACUUCGAGCAAUCUGAAGAUUCAUGCAAGGAAGCACAGCGGUGAGAAGCCCUAUGUGUGCGAUCGGUGCGGUCAGCGGUUUGCUCAGGCCAGCACGCUCACCUACCACGUGCGUCGCCACACUGGGGAGAAACCUUACGUGUGUGACAGUUGUGGAAAAGCCUUUGCCGUCUCAAGUUCUCUCAUCACCCAUUCCCGAAAACAUACAGGAGAGAAGCCAUAUAUCUGUGGCAUUUGUGAAAAGAGUUUUAUUUCCUCUGGAGAGCUCAAUAAACAUUUUCGGUCCCAUACAGGUGAAAGACCAUUUAUCUGUGAAAUGUGUGGAAAUUCUUACACAGAUAUAAAAAAUCUGAAAAAGCACAAAACGAAAGUUCACACAGGAUCUGAAACUCCCCCUGAUCCUAAUGCACUUGAUAAUUCUUUCAAUGAGCAAGAAUCCAUUCAGAGUCAAAAAAGUCCUUUAUCGGAGUCCAUAGAUGUGAAACCCUCUGAGAUGGCUUUAGCACUUCCUCUUCCCAUUGGGACUGAAGACCAUCAGAUGCUGCUUCCUGUGACGGGCAGUCAGUCUCCUUCAUCGGAAACAUUACUAAGAUCUGCCGUGACUGGAUAUUCAGAACCUCAGUUUAUUUUCUUGCAGCAGUUGUACUGACAGUGCAGGACAGAGCCAUCAAGGUAAUUGGUAGUGAACUUGCGUACCUUUGGUGAGAUGAACAUAAUCAAGCAAGGAGUCACUUUUUUAUUGAAUUGGACUUGUUCCUGUUUUUCCUCUGUGUAAAGACACUUGUGAGGCAUUUCCAUUGUGCAGUGCUGUCUUUGGGGUUUUGUUGAAUUGUACUAAACUACAAUGAAAUUUCUAUUUGCAAUUAACGCUGAUUUCCAGGAGACAAUUCCUUUCCAGCAACACCUGCCUUAAGAAUUCUCUGUUAAAUAUGUUAAUGU